UCCUGAGAACAGGACUCCUCUCUUUCAACCAGUCACAAGACCGACCAAUUCUUGAAUCAUCCUGAUGUUAUGUGAACUCUAAACAGAAGUGAAAUCAUUUUUACUUUUCCAUUCUUAUUUUUGGGGUUGGGAAGUGUGUCAUCGUUCUGUUUUUCAUGUUCGACCCCUCGGUGAGACAGACCAACUGUAAACUGUUCACCUCGCCCUUUGGCGCGUGAGGAUCAGUACACACCUUCCAGCCAAUAAAACGCCGAGUAGGCGAAACAAAAGCGCGAGCCGGGUCCGACUAGCCGACCAGUAGUGCUUGGAUAAGUUUUCAGCACCACAGACCAGAGAACAGUAACAGUCACAGGAGCGCGACAGUCCUAGAGCCAUGGAGCCGUCCACUGCCCCUGGUGCUGAACCGGCUGAUUUCGACAUGUACUCGGUGAUUCCGUUCAAUGUCACCUACCCGGACGACGAGAUGGGGUUCGUGCCCAACGGGGAAAACUACACCCAGCAGCUCCCGGUUCAGAGCGCCUCCAAUAUUAUAGUAGCCAUCUCCAUCACCGCGCUCUACUCGGUUAUCUGCGUGGUGGGAUUGCUCGGGAAUGUCCUUGUGAUGUACGGGGUGGUGAGAUACACCAAGAUGAAGACAUCCACCAACAUCUACAUCUUUAACCUGGCUCUAGCGGACGCCCUAGCCACCAGCACACUGCCCUUCCAGAGCGCCAAGUACCUGAUGGGGACCUGGGCCUUCGGAGAGGUCCUCUGUAAGGUGGUCAUCGCCAUCGACUACUACAACAUGUUCACAAGCAUCUUUACCCUGACCAUGAUGUCUGUGGACCGCUACAUUGCUGUGUGCCACCCAGUGAGAGCCCUGGAGUUCAGGACGCCCGCCAAGGGUAAGAUCAUCAACGUUCUGAUCUGGGUUCUGUCCUCUGCCAUCGGAGUGCCCAUCAUGGUUAUGGCGGUGACCAAAACAACAGACAGUGGUCAGACUAUGUGUACACUGAAGUUCCCCGACCCUGACUGGUACUGGGACACAGUCACUAAGAUCUGCGUUUUCAUCUUUGCCUUCAUCAUCCCUGUCAUGGUCAUCACCAUCUGCUAUGGUCUGAUGAUACUGCGUUUGCGCAGCAUCCGCCUGCUCUCCGGCUCUAAGGAGAAGGACCGCAACAUGCGCCGCAUCACCCGCAUGGUCCUCGUGAUUGUUGCGGCCUUCAUUAUCUGCUGGACGCCCAUCCACAUCUUCAUCAUCAUCAAGACUCUGGUGGAGAUCGACUCUGGGAACCCCUACGUGAAAGCCAGCUGGCACCUCUGCAUUGCACUGGGCUACAUGAACAGUAGUCUCAACCCUGUUCUCUAUGCUUUCCUGGACGAGAACUUCAAGAGGUGCUUCCGGGACUUCUGCCUGCCCUGCCGGACCCGCGUGGAACGCAACUCCCUCAACAGGGGUCGGAACGCCAAUCGGGAACCCGUGUCCGUCUGCGCUCCGACUGAAGCUGGGACAGAAAAGAAGCCCGUAUGACUAGGCAUGGACCAGAUCCCUCGUGGUUCUCGAUCCAGGAGGGUCCAGCAAGACCUGCAGUCUGAGAUCACCCAGAUCUCCACAACAGAGUUCUGACAGGACAAACAAUGAUUUAGUCAGAGUCACACAGAGGAGUCAGUAAAGGAGGAUCCAAAACACACCAUCGUUUUUUUAGACCUCAUCAUUGACAUUCCUACCAGUGAGAUUUAGGAACUUUCUUUAUUGUAGCUCAGAAGUAGAGAGAUUCAAUUCUUUAUCAUAAAUCGUUUUCAAUAAAACUCAACACACAUCUCUGUGAAGGUUCUAUCUAGAGACAAUCUGCGAAGGUGCCAGGCCUUUUUGAGUAGUGAAUUUCUGGUUUAUGACAAAUGGAUGUCUGGCUGCAGAGUGAAUACACAGGAUGUUGUCAAGGACAGUGGUCCAAAGUAUACGGCAUGGUUUUGUCAACAAGUCAUCCUUGUUUGUGACUGAUGACAAGCUGCACAAAUAUAGGACUGGGGUUGUUUUUAAAAUAAGACAACAGGGUAAGGGAAACCACUGAAUGAGUAGAUAUGUAGACAUCUGAAAUGGGGACGUUUGACCCAGGAGGGGGUGGAGAAAACACACAACACUGUUCAGUGAAAAGGACAGUUGUUACAGCUGACGGACUUGGCAAAGAUUCCAAAUGCUAAGCAGUGGUCUAUUUUUAUCUCAUGUACCAGAGACUGCAUCAUCCAUCUUGAAGUAGUGUGAAUAGAAAAAGACAGACAGUACAGUACACUGUGUGUACAGUACACUGUGUGUGUGAUGUCAAUGCUUCUCCAGGCCACAGUAGCCUUGAGCUUUGACAAACAGAAAGUGGAGAAGCAUGGAUGUCCAACCUUUGUUUAUCAGACCUUCUUUCUAUUCUCUGGGAAGCAAGCACCUGUAAACUAACAUCGAUGAUGAAUUUUCUAAGAUUUCUGACGCAUAUUCCAUCACACUUGACUAAGAUAUAAUGGAGGAAAAAAACAAAGUUAUUUUCCACUUUCCAUCUCCAAAAGGCAAAACAACUACAUGUCACACGCCAUGGUGGAAGAAGAAUCUACAGAUCCGUUUUGACAGGUUGGAUGAUGGAUGAAAACAUACUUUAGUGCAAAGCACUGGGGCAUGAGACACUGAAACAAAAUGGGAAAAUGGGGCUGAUAGCUACAUGAAUCUGGAAACAAUGGGAAUCUACCACAGAGCUCUGUGCCUGCCUGUGCUCCGCUGCUGUACCAUAGCAUUUCCUCACAGACACCUCGGCUCUCGGCUCCGAACCUACUAGACUUUCAUAAAUUGGAGCAGAGAGGUAGAAGGGACGACUGAGAGGAAUAACUAAACAAUCAUAGACCACUGAGGGUAGAGGAGCAGCCUAAUCUAGAUCUACACUCUGUGUGAAUUCAUUACUACUCUGAUGAAUGUAAAAAUGAAACAACAACAGCAAAACAACUUUAAAACUGACAAGCCUGAAGAGUAUGGCGGCUUGUGAGACCAAGACCACAAACCUCUUGAGAAUCACUGAGCAUGUACAUAGCUGAACCAAGUGAGAUUUGGAAAGGACUCACUAUCUGUGUUACUGUUUAAUUGGAGAAAAAUAUUGUGUCAUCUGUCAAAUUAAAUCGAUGGCAGAUUAGAGAGACUUAACUAUGCCAUUAAGUCAUGAUAAGAUUCCUAAGAAAGAUGAUGACAGCGCUCAAUUUUACCUUGAGGGCAUCAACUAAUUAUAGUGAUUAAGAUUAAAAUGACCCUUCAUAUUUCAUAGGCUGUAGGCUAUAAUUUAUGAGUUUAUUAUAGGGUAUAAAAUCUUCCAGUAACCUUGCAAAACAUCAAUACUGAUGAAAGAUCAAGCCUGUAAAUCGUUCCAUAGAUUGCAACCCACAUGGCACCAUAUUCCCUAUAUAGUGCACUACAUUUGACCAAGUAGUGCACUGUGUAGGGAAUAGGGUACCAUUUCAGAAGUAGCUAUAUUUUUUACUGACCUUGGGCAUGAUGAUAUGUCAUGAACCACUGUGACAAGCCCGAAAAUGUGGACGAGAAGUUUGUGGUUUACUGAAGGUAAGGAAACCAAAAUCAGUUCCAAACUAAAAUCACUUAACGUGACUUUGUAGAUAUAGAUAUUCUCAGAACUCCUACAUAUUAUUUACGUAGUUGGCUAACUUUUUCAGUGACAGGUGAAACUAACUGGCUUCCAUUUGUGCAUGUGAUUCUGUAUGCUGUUUUGAUGGUGACUAUCGCUCCAUUUUCACAGUGAUAUUUGAUCACAUAGCUGUAUGCUUUAUUAGCUACUGUACUGCUUAACUGCUGAGGCUAGUCUUAGAUUAAAAAAGAAAAGAAGAGAGAAACAGAUGAAGUUCCAUUUCUAAAAUGAGCUUAUUUUCAUCCCGGUCUUAUUUGCAGUAUAUGUCCUGGCAGUGAGUGAAAAUGCUUCAGGACUAAUAACACAGACUGCUGAAUUAUUUACAGCUGAAUCCGUUUCUGGUUUAUGUUCUCUUUGCUUUUGUCAGUAUUCCUGACAGACACACUUUAUAUUAUUAUGUGGAUCUAAAACUAUGUAUUUACAUGGCUUCUACAAAGAGAGAUAGUGUAUUAAAAUGUGGAACAGCCUACAUAUCAUUAUGUAUUACAGAUAUGAUAUUGAUUACAUGCAUUAGCUUUGCAAACAAGCUCAAAUCGACAGGGUACAGAUAUUUAAGCACUGUACUCCAGUGUAACAAUGUUCCCAACUUCUGUAAAUGAAUUGUACAUCUAAAUACACAGUGGGACCAUAAUGGUAAAGAGUACAUUAAACUGACAAAUACGUGCAAAUGUCACGAAAUAAAAAUGGCACUUAGCCACCCAUUUUUACUAGAGCAACAGUUGCUAAUAGCCUACUAUAACCUUUUUGCCUCUGAGUGUCUGUUAUAGAACGAUGGAUUUUAUAUUGAUCAAGGCUAACUCCCACAUAGUAUUUCUCGGAACCGCUGUCAAUAGCUACAAUACUACAAUACAAUUGUAACUUUCCUUUCUCUCUUCAUGUGAGUUACUCUUUGUGUUGAAAAUCUAAUUUCAUUAUUUCACAAUCUAUCAUUCAUGAUUUUUUAUACUUAUACACUGAGUGUACAAAACAUUAAGGACACCUUCCUAAUACUUAGUUGCACCCCCCCUUGUUGACCCCAAGGCCCGUGCUGGCCCGUGUUGCCUCCAAUGCUUCCCACAGUUGUGUCAAGUUGGCUUGAUGUUUGUGUGUUGGACCAUUAUUGAUACACACAGGAAACUGUUGAGGAUGGAAAACCCAGCAGCAUUGCAGUUCUUGAUACAAACCAGUGUGCCUGGCACUUACUACCAUUCCCCAUUCAAAGACACUUAAAUAUUUUGUCUUGCCCAUUCACCCUCUGAAUGACACACAUACACCAUGCAUGUCUUAAUUGUCUGAAGGCUUGAAAAUCCUUCUUUAACCUGUCUCCUCCAUUCAUCUACAUUGAUUGAAUUGGAUUUAACAAGUGAUAUCAAUAAGGGAUCAUAGCUUUCAAAUGGAGUCCCCUGGUCAGUCUACAAUAUGUAAUGGAAAGUGCAGGUGUCCUUAAUGUUUUGUACACUCAGUGUAUUUUGGUAGAACUUUAUUUAAAUAGUCAAUGUGCAGAUGUUCAACAAACUAGCUGUAGACUAUCAGCAGGAUAGCAACAGUAUUUUUUUAGCCUACAGAUUCACUAUUUAAUCCAAAUAAAGCUUUACCUAUGUUUUUUCUAGCACUGUUCUUCUGCCCUGCUUUGGAUAUUGCAGUUAGUGAAUUUUGUCAUUUUUCUGAAUUAAUAUACAUUUAUAUGUAACUCCUUUAAAAACUAUUGGAUACUGGAACAUUUCUGUAAAACGUAUACAAAAAGAUGUAUGUUUGCUUAUAUUCAAUGUAUUGCCAGAGACUGUAAGGUAUUUGUGCUAGUCACACAUGAACCCAUCAUGAUUAACUUUGCAGUGCUCAUGCAGUAAUCCUUAUAGUUUAUAGUUUAUAACUUACGCUAGAUGAGUAUCUAUUGUAAAAUGCAUUGUUGAAUUAACAGCAAGCCAAGAUGUUUUACAAGAAGCUUCUCGGAUUAUUGAUUAAAACAACAACAAAAUCAAUAAAAUGAACACGGUAGAA